AUGAGUACAGUCCCAAACAGCCUCCUACUCCAGCAAAUUGCCGCAACAGUCUCCUUGCCAAUGUACACCUGGUCGGCGAACGGAACACACACUGCGAAGGGCUACACUUCCAAAGAUGCCAGCACGGCAAGCGUCGAGGGUCUACACGAAGACUGCGAGAACAUCAAUCUCAACAAAAAGAUCGCCGUCAAUUUCCGGAGCGAUGUGCUUGGGAACGGGGCGAUAGGCUACUUCUAUAAGUGUGAGAAUAUCAGUCUCGAUACCAACAAGUACUGGUUCACCAUCAGCUCUGGAGAAAUGUCUCAAAUUGAUCAGCUUUGCGAUCCCGAUACCAAGUAUCCCAUUGUCUAUGACUCGCAACAUAACACUUGGUUUAUUGAUGAACCGUUUGAUUGCACCCAGCGAACGAGCCCGGCGACCUUGGCUUGA